AUGAAGUCCCUCGGGUUGCCGGCUUCCGCCCUCUUCUGCUUCUUUCUACUGAUCAAGGGGUUAGGAGCAGCGCCCCCGGGUCGCCCUGAGGCGCUGCCUCCUCCCCUCAGCUCUGAACAUAAAGAGCCAGUACUUGGGGACGCAGUGCCCGAGCCAAAGGAUGGCAGCGCCUCAGAGGCCCGAGCCACUCGAAAUUCCAAGCCGCAGGACGAGGGAGAGCUUUUCCAGGGCGUGGAUCCCCGGGCGCUGGCCGCGGUGCUGCUGCAGGCUCUCGACCGGCCGGCCUCGCCCCCGGCGCCGGGCGGCUCCCAGCAGGGGCCAGGGGAAGAAGCAGCAGAAGCUCUGCUGACCGAGACCGUGCGCAGCCAAACCCACAGCCUCCCGGCACCAGAAACCCAGGCGCCCGCGGCCCCACCUCGCCCUCAGACUCAGAAUGGUCCCGAGGCGAGCGACCCCUCUGAGGAGCUCGAGGCGCUAGCGUCCCUGCUCCAGGAACUGCGAGAUUUCAGUCCGAGCAGCGCCAAGCGCCAGCAAGAGACGGCGGCAGCAGAGACGGAAACCCGCACGCACACGCUGACCCGAGUCAAUCUGGAGAGCCCCGGGCCGGAGCGCGUGUGGCGCGCUUCCUGGGGAGAGUUCCAGGCGCGAGUCCCGGAGCGCGCGCCCCUGCCACCCCCGGUCCCCUCGCAAUUCCAGGCGCGUAUGUCCGAGAGCGGGCCCCUUCCUGAAACCCACCAGUUCGCGGAAGGAGUGUCCUCCCCCAAAACACACCUAGGAGAGGCAUUGGCACCCCUGUCCAAGGCGUACCAAGGCCUGGGCGCCCCUUUCCCCAAGGCGCGCCGGCCGGAGAGCUCUCUCCUGGGCGGCUCCGAGGCGGGGGAGCGCCUUCUACAACAAGGGCUGGCGCAGGUAGAGGCCGGACGGCGGCAGGCAGAGGCCACGCGGCAGGCAGCUGCGCAGGAGGAGCGGCUGGCCGACCUCGCCUCGGACCUGCUGCUCCAGUAUUUGUUGCAGGGAGGGGCCCGGCAGCGCGGCCUGGGGGGUCGGGGGCUGCAGGAGGCAGCCGAGGAGCGAGAGAGCGAGAGGGAGGAGGAGGAGGCGGAGCAGGAGAGACGCGGCGGGCAGGAGAGGGUGGGGGAAGAGGAUGAGGAGGCGGCGGAGGCAGAGGCAGAGGCGGAGGAGGCGGAGCGGGCACGGCAGAACGCGCUACUGUUCGCGGAGGAGGAGGACGGGGAAGCCGGUGCCGAGGACAAGCGCUCCCAGGAGGAGACGCCGGGCCACCGGCGGAAGGAGGCCAAGGGGGCAGAGGAGGGCGGGGAGGAGGAGGACGACGACGAGGAGAUGGACCCGCAGACGAUAGAUAGCCUCAUUGAGCUGUCCACUAAACUCCACCUGCCAGCAGACGACGUGGUCAGCAUCAUCGAGGAGGUGGAGGAGAAGCGGAAGCGGAAGAAGAACGCCCCUCCCGAGCCUGUGCCGCUCCCCCGGGCCGCCCCCGCCCCCACCCACGUCCGCUCCGCGCAGCCCCCGGCUCCCGCCCCCGCUCGAGACGAGCUGCCGGACUGGAACGAGGUGCUCCCGCCCUGGGAUCGGGAGGAGAACGAGGUGUUUCCCCCGGGGCCCUACCACCCUUUUCCCAACUACAUCCGGCCGCGGACACUGCAGCCGCCCUCGGCCUCGCGCCACCGCCACUACCACCACGCCUUGCCGCUUUCGCGCCACUAUCCCGGCCAGGAGGCCCAGGCGCGGCGCGCGCAGGAGGAGGCGGAGGCGGAGGAGCGCCGGCUGCAGGAGCAGGAGGAGCUGGAGAAUUACAUCGAGCACGUGCUGCUUCGGCGCCCGUGA